UUACGUACCUUAAUUCUUUCCAAAGGGUGUCUGUAACACUGCAGUAAAACGGGAGAUCAAACAAAACAGAGGUCAUUGUCAUGGACCCACUAGCUGCACAAGUAAGUGCUCCAAUCAGCUAAACAGACUCAAUAACUCCACGGUGACGUUUUGGUGAAUUUAUGAAACUGAAAAAGAAUACCAUGUAAGUUAAUAAUACUAACACAGACACUCGUAAACAUGUUAGCAUAUUAGCUAAUGCUAAUGACACUAAAUUACAUUACGAUAGCAUGUACAAAUCUGCAUGAAAACACUCCUGCAGAUAUCACACAUGGGACGCUUUAGUAAGUAAGAAUUGUUUCAGUUAUAUCGCGAUAUAUGGUAUUAACGGUAUUUUAAACAAAACGUGCAAAGUGUUUAGUUUAAAGGCCUACUGAAACUCACUUCUACCGACCAUGCAGUCUGAUAGUUUAUACAUCAGUGAUGAAAUAUUAACGUUGCAACACAUGCCAAUACAGCCGGUUUAGUUUAGUAAAUUACAAUUUAAAAUUUCUAGCCGAGUUUCUUGUUGAAAACGUUGCGGAAUGAUGACGCGUGCGUGUGACGUCUUGAGUUGGAGGGGACAUAUUAGCGCAGCACCACUUGCGACUAAAAGUCGUCUCUUUUCAUCGCGCAAUUACACAGUAUUCUGGACAUCUGUGUUGCUGAAUCUUUUGCAAUUUGUUCAAUUAAAAAUGGAAAAGUCAAAGUAGAAAGAUGGAGGUGGGAAGCUUUAGCCUUUAGCCACACAAACACACGGUGUUUCCUUGUUUAAAAUUCCCGGAGGUGAAGCUUUACUAUGGAUCAGAGCGGUCAAGCGAACAUGGAUCCCGACCACUUGUCAACCGGCAGGUUCGGUGAGAAAAUUGUGGUAAAAAGUUGCCUCUUACCGGACAUCAGCGGAGCUUGCGCUGUCCAUGCAGCUGUCGUGACUAAUUCCCUCAGAGACUGGCGUCAAGACACCCGUGGACACACCCCUCCGACUAUCAGGUAAUGGCAUGGUCCAAAGUACUGCCGGCACUUGGCGUGUGGAGAUGGUUUUAACAGACGUUCUGGAGGACUCAGGAACACUGCACUGGCCUGGAGAAGCCUCAUAAACCCCUUAUCCGGCACACACUUUUCUAGACAAGGAUUUUUGGUCCCACGCGCUGUGAGAAAGGACACAGACUCCUCAUCUGUAGCUGGAAUACACAAAGUUGUUCCCCUCUGUGAGCUUCCCUUGUUUGUCAUCCCGUGUGUCCCACCUCAACUGCCACAAUGCCAAGCUCCACCAUCCGUCGGCAGAUGAAGAACAUGGUGAACAACUACUCUGACGCAGAGAAGAAGGUCCGAGAGGCCACUUCCAACGACCCCUGGGGGCCCUCCUCCUCACUGAUGUCCGAAAUUGCAGACUUGACCUACAACGUGGUGGCCUUCAGCGAGAUCAUGAGUAUGAUCUGGAGACGGCUCAAUGACCACGGCAAGAACUGGCGCCAUGUCUACAAAGCGCUCACCCUGCUCGACUACCUGAUCAAGACGGGUUCAGAGCGCGUGGCGUUGCAAUGCAAGGAGAACAUCUUUGCCAUCCAGACGCUGAAGGACUUCCAGUACAUUGACCGCGACGGAAAGGACCAGGGCAUCAAUGUGAGGGAGAAGAGCAAGCAGCUGGUGGUCCUUCUCAAAGACGAAGACCGUCUCAAAGGAGAGAGGUCUCAGGCUUUGAAGACUAAAGAGCGCAUGGCCCAAGUGUCCACGGGGAGUACUCAGAUGGGCUUUGGUCGUGGCUCAUCCCAGCCCAACCUCUCCACUUCCUACAGUGAAGAGUACGGGAGGUCAGAGGGCUCGCCUGCCUCCUACCAUGGCUCCACAUCUCCCAAUGCGGGCUCAGAACUGGAGCAGGCCAGGCCUCAGACCAGUGGUGAAGAAGAGCUACAGUUACAACUCGCUUUGGCCAUGAGCAGAGAGGCUGCAGAACAGGAGGAGCGCGUACGCAGGGGCGAUGAUUUGAGGCUACAGAUGGCCUUGGAGGAGAGUAAGAAAGGAGGUCCAGGGUCCGGCAAACUCACCAGAAAGAAAAACGACCCACAGUCCGCUCUGAUGGAUUUGAUGGCUGUCCCAGAGCCAGGUGCUACUGCUGAUCCCUGGGGUGGAGGAGCUGUAGCCAAAGGGGACCCCUGGAAGUCUUAUGGUUCCACUCCUAAAAUGGCAGCUGACCCAUGGGGGGCUCCUACCUCUGUGCCACCCAUGAAAAGCAGUGAUCCCUGGGCUUCCAAUUCCACCCCUGCGUCUGAUCCCUGGGGAUCAGCCGCUACUCGCCCCAAGGUUUCCAACACAGGUAGCUUUGACGUGUUCACUGAAUCCAAUGGUACGUCCAAAGAGGACUUCUCAGAGUUUGACAGCCUGCGCUCCUCCUCCUCUGUCCCUGCUGGUGACGGUGGCAUAGUGUCAUCUAUUCCCUCCCAAGCCAGCCUUGCCAGCAGCAGCAGCCUGGACAUCUUUGACCCGCUUCCCACCUCCUUUUCUUCCACCACUAACUCAACCAGGAAGACUCCAGAGUCCUUCCUGGGGCCCAAUGCUGCCCUGGUGAAUUUGGACUCUCUGGUGACCAAACCAACUCAACCUGCGCCAGCGUUCAACCCAUUUUUGGCUUCAGCAGGUGGUGCCGCCUCGGCCUCCAGUGCCCACGCCAACCCCUUCCAGGUGGGCCAGCCCGCCCCUCCCACCCUCAACCAGAUGCGCGUCAGCCCCAUGCCCUCGGGUUUCGCCGCAGCCAUGUCUGACCCUAUGUCCAGCCAGCCCGUCACCAUGGUGCCCCUGGCGGGCAUGGCCCCCGCCGGCCACCACCCGAUGGCCAGCAUGAGUUCGGGCGCCGGAAUCCCCGCCUCCAUGUCCAUGCCCCAACCCAUGAUCGGCAUGCCGCCUCAGGCCGGCGCGCAGCCCACUGGAGCCACCAACCCCUUUAUUUUGUGAAGGUGGGCCCACCGCCAUCUUUUCCCCCUCCUUUAGGACGUCUGGUCCUGUUUAACCCUCUCUCUCUCCCUCUCUGUCCUCCAUCACACAUCAGACCUUAGACUUGUUGUUUUGGGACACUCUCCUUCCUUCUGUGCAAGCCUGACUGUACUAACGCCAGGAUCUUAACUCCUCACCACAGCUAAUCUUUUAUAAGCCCUGUCAGCUGGUGUGUGUAAGUGUGUGUGUGUGUGUGUGUGUGUGUGCACAUAUUAGUGCUUUUACACUGUGGAUCUUCCAGUGGGCUUCUCUUACUGGAGUUAGAAUGACAAAGACCAUUUGUUGUGUUUAUACUCCGUGUAUGUAUGUGUAUGUGUGUGUUACUAAGCAGGGAUUUUGCACAUUUUGUUGUUUUUUUCCAUACAAUUUAUUUUGGCGACUGUUGGGCUCACCGUUACUCCUUAGCUUCAGGGAUGGGGUCUAGAACAAUUCCUACUGUGGACUUAGCCUGUCCACACUUACUGGGUCUCCCAUGACAGUACCCCCCUCCCACAACUCUCUACGUUGGUACCCGGGCGUCACAGGAUUCCCUUUGAACGCUUCUCAAACAUCCAUGGUGACGCGUGUGUGUGUGUGUGUGUAGACAGGAGAAGACAGUAGUAUCGGCCCACACACACACGCUGAGGCAUUGUGGGACUUGUUUUGUGUCUAGGAUCAAAGGGAAGUGUGUGUGCGACGAGAAAGAGACCGUAUCAGCCUUGUGAGGAGUUAGGCUCCGCAAUGAUGAUGUCAGCAUUUUCUGACGUAGGUCACAAGCUGUGACAGACCUGGUGGACACGUACACACACACACACACACACACACACACACACACUAGCGCGGCAGAACAAAGAAACAAAAUGCUGUCAUGAAUGAAGUGUUCUUCACUCGGUGCCGCCCCCUAGUGGAGUGUUUUCUACGCCGCAGCCUCUUCUAGCCCUUCCCUUAGAAGCACAACUGUUACCAAAGUCCUAGCGGUUUAUUGUUUUUGUUUUUUUGAGGCACACUCCCGUUCUUACUGUUUUUUUUCCCCCCCGACGUAGUUGAAAGCUAGUGAUGGGUGAAAGGAUACUGAUCAUCGGUAUAUUAACACGUGACCGAUACAGCUGCUGUGUCGCUGGACUGCGAAGCGGCAAACGGGAACUUAUUUGGGCCCACAGGUGCCAGCUAGCGCGUUAUCAAAGACGUCGCAGGAAAGGGAACAUUUUGAUUUGAGUGCACCAAAUGUUUACUUUUUGGCCCAUUUUCAUCUUUUUUGUAUAGCUACUCAUUAAAAAAAUAUAUUUUUUGCUAAUUUUAUUUGUAGGUCACACGUAAUGACCAGUAAUAAACACCAACACAGCAUCGCAUUGUGGAUACAGGUAGUGAGUGUGCCAUGCGCUCACUGAAGCGUCUUUUACUAGGAUUGUGAAUCGUUGGCACAGGUAGUGAGUGUGCCAUGCGCUCACUAAGGCGGCAUUAGUGUGAAUCGUUGGCCACCUAACGAUUUGACCCGUUUCCUGGGGUGACGGUUUGAUUCAGAAUUGAUUCCUGAUUCAAACCGAUUCUUGCAAUGUAUUUGGUGUAGUAAUUCUAAUGAAUUCAAAACAUGUAAAAGCUAAUUCUGGUCUAAAAACGUUUUUUUGACAAUUGAUGCUUAUAAAAAAAAAAAAUCAAAUACAUUUUUGACAAUUAUGAAUUGAUUUUCAAUCUGGAUAAAUUAGAAUUGCGAUUUUUUUUCUUUCGUGCAGCCCUACUUUUUGGCUCGUUGACCACCCUUGCUCUUUUAAAAAAACAUACAAAUAUUAGCUAACUAUUGGUUUUAUGUAAAGGUAAAAGGUGAUUACUUUUUUAAUUAGCAGAUGGCGGCCGACCACUAUGAAACACCAACACAGUUUCGAUACAGGUAGUGAGUGUGCCACACGCUCACUGAGGUGUCAUUUACCCAUCACUACGCUACUUUUUUUCCAAGUUUGUGUCAAAGUGUUUGAUUGAGUCUCCAGAAGAGAUAAAUAAGUCUUUGUCCAUCACUGCCAAUAUUUUUUUUUUUUUAGACUUAAGUUUCCUCUCUUGAUGUCAUCUUUCCUCUUCAUUGCAGACCUUUUAUUUUCUCUCAGGCAAAAAGGAGGCGCAGCUUCAAGGGGAUGUGAAGUGAAUGAGAGCUGAUUUGAUGAAUGGAUGAAUGAAUUGCAACACAACUAUAAUAUGCAAACAUUGAAAGAUGCCUGAUGUGAUUUGCUAAUAGUCUUUAUCGUACGGCUAAUUAGUCAUUUAGCUAAGAAGCGACACUUUCUCACUCGACUUCGAUAUUCAAGUGAACAUGAAAAAAAAAAAGACACUGCAAAUGACCACUUUUUAUGCGCAGAGGGGCAGCGAUGCGUUGUUACGUAUUUACUAACAGACUGUCCUGUCUUUAUAGGCGUUAAUAAUAGCCACCUUUCUAUUCCUUUCUCACAGUACUGGGGAGCAGGCUGCUUUUUAUCGCUUACAAGCUGUCGGCAUUAUAACUGUAUAAUAUAAUUUAUCAUUUGUACUAUUGUAACAUAACGUUCUUUCGUUGACCUUAUUUUUUGUUCUCAGUCUAAUGGGUUUUUGUAGAAAAAAAUAAGUCCCCGUGGAAUUUAACGGCGUCUGAAAGAAAAAGGAGCGCGGCGAGGACGAGUGUAGCUGCAUUGGUUCAAAAUAAAAUUAUAUCACUUCUGCUCUGAA